GGACAGAUGGACAUUAGGAUGGACAGACGGAUGGACAGGUUCUAAUCCCGGCUCCAUCACUCAGCUGUGUGACCUUGGGACACCCUGCACUUGAAUAAAUAUGGAUAGUUUCAGUGAAGAAUUUAUAAAGACCGCGAGAGAAGCUGUCCGUGAGGAAACAUCAACAAAAUCCUAUCUGGGGAUAUGUUUACCAACACUCCCUAAGCAGUUAGAAAAUGUCGUGAAUGAAGGCCGAAAGAAGGAUUUUGCUCUUUCUACAAAUACAUGUUUAAAUUACAUCCAAGAAGCUAUUUUGAAGCACCAGUGGCAACAGGCUGCAGAAUUCAUGCAGUAUUAUUUUCAGACCCUGGAGGACACUACUUCCUCCCAAAGGCAGAUUGCACCUGAGAUUAUUUGGAAACUGGGAAGUGAAAUUUUAUAUCAGCAUCCCAAGAGCAGUGUAGAAAUUUUCGGUGCCUUUGCUGACCGGCUGAAAAAUAUUGGUAUCAAGAAUUAUUUAAAGAUAUCCUUACAACAUGCAUUCUAUCUUAUGUGUAAUGGAAUGAUCGAGGAUGCCCACAGAAACCUAACUCUUGCUGAGAGCUGGAGGUAUGGUGAAAAGUCAGCGUCUCAAGAAAAGUUAAUAAAACUCAUUCAGGCCUACAGGGGACUGCUGGACUACUACACUUGGUCUAAAAAGAGGGUUACCUUAUCGACACUCGAUGGGAAACAUUUUACCUCUGAUGCAGCAGCCCAGGACAUGCACAGCUACUUUCGGCUAUCAUCAUUAAAUCUUCACGAGAUAAUUAAAAUUCCUGGUAUUUGGGACCCUUUUGUAAAGAGUUAUGUGGAGAUGUUGGAGUUCUAUGACGAUAAUGAUGGAGCCCAGCAGGUACUCACCAACUACGCAUACGACGACAAGUUUCCAUGUAAUCCAAAUGCCCAUGUUUAUUUGUACGAGUUCCUGAAGAGACAACGGGCGCCAGAGGAGAAACUGAUCAGUGUUCUUAAGGUUUUGCACCAGAUUGUUCCAUCUCAUAAACUGAUGUUAGAGUUUCAUACAUUACUUCGAAAGUCAAAGAAAGAAGAACAUCAUAAAUUAGGGCUGGAGGUUAUAUUCGGAGUCCUGGAUUUUGCUGGGUGCACAGAGAAUGUAAUUGCCUGGAAGUUUUUAGGAAGACAUUUGAAACAAGUCCUGAAGAGGAAGCAUCUUGAUUGGGUUGAGGAGGAAUGGAAUGCCAGGAAAGACUGGUGGCCCACUUUUCACUUCAGCUACUUUCUGGUGAAAAGAAAUUGGAAGAAAAAUAAGACCCUUGCGUAUAAGAAAGCUUUGGUGGCAGGACUCCUGUUGGGAAAAGGUUGCAAAUAUUUCACUUACAUUUCUAACCGAGGAGGUAAAGCUGAAAUGAAGGUUAAGAAAAUGAAGAAAUUAGUGCAGCAGCACAGCAUCAUAAACACAGCAGAACCCUAAUGUUAGAGAUUCUUGCUAAAUUAUUUUUUUUAUUUCUUAAUUUAUUUUUAAAAUCAACUUCCCUUAGGGGGGAAAAAUGCUAUUGCUACCCCAGCAUAACUGUAGCCCAACUAUUUUCAGUGUCAUUUGUAAAUAUUUUGCCUUUGACAUUUUUGCGCAAUAAAUGUAAGUAAUUUAUUAAGAU